AUUACCAGAAAUGGAUUUGGAAGAAGAGCUGCUCAAUAUCAGGAUUUCACAAUUGAAUUCACAUAUCACCUGUUCAUUGUGUUAUGGUUAUUUCAUUGAUGCUACAACCACAACAGAAUGUCUCCAUACAUUUUGCAAAAGUUGUAUAGUGAAAUACUUACAAACCAGCAAGUCAUGUCCUCAGUGUGGUGUGAAAAUACACGAAACUCAGCCACAACUUCAUCUGAGAGCCGAUCGUACCAUGCAAGAUAUUGUCUAUAAAAUUGUACCAGCAUUGUUUGAGAAUGAGGAAAAAAGGAGAGAAGAGUUUUACAAUUCUAGAGGAUUUUCUAAAUUAAAGAAAGGUGUGGUGGAGAAAAUACCUGAGCCAAAACUAACAUGUAUACAAGCCAGUGAUGAUAGACAUAUGUACAAGUAUGAUGAAAAGAUCAGCAUUUGUUUAGAAAGAUAUCACGUCCAUUCAAUGCCAGUAAGAGGAAGUCACAGCAAGGUACCAUCUCUGCAGGAAAAAUUCAUUAGGUGUUCAAACAGACUACAAGUUGAUGAUGUUAUUAAACUACUGAUGAAAAGAUUAGAUAUACCAUCAGAAGUAGAGUUAACACUAAUAUGCCAUGGACAUGAACUGACAAAAGAAUGGUCCCUUAAACAAGUAUAUCUAAUGUACUGGAGCCCAAAGGGAUCACCUAUGUUUCUUUUUUACUGCUUCAAACCUGGAUGAAUUCAGUUGUUUUACAUUAGAUGUAUCCUAGUAGAGCUGCAGGACGGCUUGGUGCUAGAUAUGGAGGAAUAUUUUUUAGGAGUUAUGUAGUGCUCAACAAGACUGGAAAAUAAACAUAUUAAACAAACUUACAAAAGUUUGAAAUUUUGUUAAAAAGAAUUUUUUUAUCAUCUGAACUCAUCUUAAAUUAUAUUUUUUCUUGUAUUCUUUCAAAUGUUUGACUGGUCUCCUCUUUUGAAUAUAACUAUCUGAGGUUUCAAAAGUUCCAAUAGAAUGUUUUCAGUGGAUUUAUUUAAUUUCAUAAAGACUAUGUAAUAUUUAUACUACAUGUAAUUUCAAUUUCAAUUUUUUUUACAUACUACAUGUAUUGCAUUUAUGUUUCAGAGUUCUGAAACUUAAAGCUAUGCGAUGCUUAUAGGUAGCAUAUUAAAUAGUAAUUGUAUCGUUACUGUACUUAUGCAAGAGUUAUUGCCCUUUCAUGAUAUCAAACAAUUUUUCAAUUGUGGAAAAGUUACGGCUCAUUGUUAGAGAAAAGUUGUUAAUAUAAAGGAGAUGAGGUGCAAUGAAAAAAAUCUUACUAUUUAAUUUCUGUUUCAUUAAAAGUUUUGAAAAAAAAAUUGACUUCAAUAUGAAAACUUCUGAAAUAAUGACAUUUUGUGAUUUUGUGAAACAGUAAAUUUCAAGUUUGUCCUAAACAUGCAUUAUAUAUUUCCCACUGGACAUUGAGCAAAUAACAACCAUCAUGUGGAAGGGAGAUAAUGUUACAGCAAAACAAUGAUAUCUAAUGGUGAUGUAAAGCUUGACCAAGUUUAUCUCCCCUCCUAAUCAUGGCUCAACAUUUUUCACAGAAUUUCCUCUCCUGCAACAUACAUCUUCAGAUUUCUUUUCAAAACACAAACAAGUAGUUAAAAAACCAUUGAAACAAUGUGUUGAGUAAAUUAAUUAAUAAAUGUCGUUAUGAUUAAAGUUUUAAUAUCAAAGUUUAACUUUUUUACUCAUGUAUAACUGGUAACUAGGUGUUGGAUUUUCCUAACUAAUAAUGUAACAAGAAAGUCAGUUAUUGAAAUUAGCGAUAGAUGGAAAAAUAAACUUUGCCUGCUUUAUACUAACAGCAACCUUACAAUUUUUCGUCAUCUUACCAGUUUGAAGAAGUGACAAUAACCUCAAUUUAAAAAGUCCCUUGGGCUGGCCCAUUUUAAUUAUUAAAGGGUAAAGCCUCUUGAAUAAGCACAGCGAUUACUAUUAUUGUGACAUGACUGGCUAGAGGCUGGUCCUCAUAUAACUGUUUUAUGAAUUACAAUGUAGUUUUAUUUGUUGUUGUAGUUAAUGCUUGAUUGUUGAUUAAAAACUGUUACAUUUUC